UGUGUUUGUGGGUGGUUGUUCCUGUCCUUAUGUCCUUUUUCUGUCGUGUGUUACUUAGCACCAGUGUUAGGCUGUUUCGGUUUUCGUAUUACGUUUAUUGUUUUUGCAUUGGAUUCGUGUUCACUUUGUUUUCAUUAAACAUGGAUCGCAAUAGCCACGCCGCAUUUUGGUCUGACUCUCCUUCACCACAAGAGAACCGUUACAAUUAUGUUCACUCCCGGGCCUGAAACUCCCCAUAAUUCAAUUCGCAAAGAUUGUACAUCCGCUAUGAAAAGACGGCGAAAACUUAAAAACAACAUCAAUAGAGAAGUCAACAUACAAGUGUAAGUCAAAACGAAUGCAAAUAAGUAUAAAUCACCCGCAGCCCUGGUGUGAGUCAGCAAUGUUGUGCAGGAACUCAAACCAGGGUUGACAAGAAAUCACCUGACUAAAAACAGAAACCUUCCAAGAUCACGUCAUGAAGUACAACUUGGCAUGCGCUAUAAAACGGCAGCUGCAUCGCCCUUGUAUAUGUAUGAUACCCAACUCAGCAGGCAUUAAAAGAGACGCUGAUUGUUCCAGUUGGGAACACUAGACCUGGGAAGAACUUGACAGCGCUCCAAAACCCAAACAUGACCGAACAAAAUAAAAAGGUCCGGAUUGUUCUGGUUGGGAAGACUGGAGCUGGGAAGAGCGCAACAGGAAACACUAUCCUGGGGACAAAAGCUUUUAAAUCCAAAAUGGCCUUUAUUUCUGUGACAUCAACAUUGGAUAAGAAAAAAGGAGAGAUGAGAGGGCAAAGUGCAGCUGUUAUCGACACACCAGGCUUGUUUGAAACAAAGUUAACACGAGAUAAGGCACUGAAAGAGAUAUCACAGUGCCUGCUUUUCUCCGCUCCUGGUCCCCAUGUGUUCCUGGUUGUGAUAAAGCUGGGAAGAUUCACUGAAGAGGAACAGAAAACUGUGGAGAUGAUUCAGACAUUAUUUGGUGAUGAAGCAUCCAAAUACACCAUGGUUCUCUUCACACAUGGAGACCUUCUUGAUGGUGUAACAAUAGAAGACUUCCUACAUGGAAAUCCAGAUCUGGAACGUUUAAUUGCCAAAUGUAAUGGGGGAUAUCAUGUCUACAAAAACAAAGAUCAGAAUCCCUCCCGGGUCACUGAGCUGCUUGAGAAGAUUAACAUGAUGGUGAAGAUGAACGGAGGAAGAUACUACACCACUGAGAUGUUCCAGGAGGCUGAGAGAGCGAUUGAAGAGGAGAAGAACAGGAUCUUGAAAGAGAAUGAAGAGCUGAGAUGCAGAGAGAUGGAGGAACUCAAGGCAAAGUUUGAAGGAGAAAAGCUGACGAGGAGCCAAGAAGAACAAAAUAAAGAGGUCCGUAUUGUUCUGGUUGGAAAGACUGGAGCUGGGAAGAGCGCAACAGGAAACACCAUCCUGGGGACAAAAGUUUUUAAAUCAAAAAUGUCCUCUACUUCUGUGACAUCAACAUGUGAAAAGAAAAGAGGAGAGGUGGGAAGGCAACAUGUAGCUGUCAUCGACACACCAGGCUUGUUUGACACCAAGUUAACACAGGAGGCGGCACUGAAAGAGAUCUCACAGUGCCUGUUUUACUCCGCUCCUGGUCCCCAUGUGUUCCUGGUUGUUCUCAAGCUGGGAAGAUUCACUGAAGAGGAACAGAAAACUGUGGAGAUGAUUCAGACAUUAUUUGGUGAUGAAGCAUCCAAAUACACCAUGGUUCUCUUCACACAUGGAGACCUUCUUGAUGAUGUAACAAUUGAAGACUUCCUGCAUGGAAAUCCAGAUCUAGAAAGUUUAAUUGCCAAAUGUAAUGGGGGAUAUCAUGUCUUCAAAAACAAAGAUCAGAAUCCCUCCCAGGUCCCUAAGCUCCUUGAGAAGAUAAACAAGAUGGUUGAGAUGACUGGAGGAAGUCAUUUCACCACUGAGAUGUUCCAGGAGGCUGAGAGAGUGAUUGAAGAGGAGAAGAACAGGAUCCUGAAAGAUAACGAAGAGCAGAGACGCAGAGAGAUGGAAGAACUGAAGGCAAGGUUUGAAGGAGAACGUCUAAAAGAAGAAGUAGAGAAGCUAAAGAGAAAACAGGAAGGUGAAGCUAGAAAGAACGCUGAGAAUACAAACCGCUUAAGGAAAGGUGCCGGAAUCGGAGCAAUUGUGGGAGUAGUUGGAGGCCCAAUCGGUAUGGCAGUUGGUGCAGCAUUGGGAGCUUCAGUGGGAGCUGUAGUAAAUGCAUGUACAUUUCAAUGAGAGUCCAUAGCUAACAGUGCUGUACCUUCUACAAGUUGUUUGACUUUAUUACUUGAUAUUUAAAGCUUCCUCUAUAUACACCAAGUAUACCAAACAUAUACCAACCAAGCUCUUCAGCCAAGCUAGAGAACACCAGACAUGAAUUUACAGGAUAGGACGCUUGCACAUGUAUACUAGUCGUAACUACUUACAGCAUGAACAUAAAGAUAGAUCUGGGUAUUGCACAUUUGAGAGCACAGAAUUGAAUAGUUCCCUCAGUAAAGGUGAAAGUUAAGUGUAUUUCUGCCUGUCAAGCUAAAAAGCUAUAUGCUACUGUAAGAUUAAUUUACAGUCACAGCUCACAUUGCUGUCUCAGAAGCAUGAUGAAUGGAGAUGAACUAUUUAACCAUUGCUAUUCAUGUCAUAGUUCUUUCAUCACACAAUAAAAUGAAGGUCCACUGAAAA